AUGCCGUUGGUUGAGUCUGUGGAGACAUUACCGCCUGGUGCUGCCAUUGCUGCUGAGCCGCCCACCAUUGAUCCCAUCAACGGCACUUACAAAGGCGAAGUCGCUGUGACGAUUACCCGCAAUCAACGCCAUGCAUACACUUAUUACACUUUAGACAAUUCCACACCAACCGAACGCAGUGAACAUUUUGUGGAUGGAGCCGAACUUGUAUUAAAUACACCCGGUAUACAUAUCGUAAAGGCCAUCACGUAUUCUAAAUAUAUCGUAGAUGAGGAUGUAUUUCCACCAAGUAGUGUGAGUGUGGCUAUUUAUAAUAUCACACCUGCGGCGAUUGCCCCACCCGUCGCUUUUCCCUCCACAAUUGGCGAAAUAAGAAGAGGACGAACUGUUAUUACACUUUCAUAUAAUGUUAAUACCACCAAUACACGAGAUUUGGGUAUUCUCUAUCUUGUGAGUUAUUUACCAACACUCUCCACGGCUGGAACGCGUGGGGCCCUUCCACCCGCACCUGUCAAUCAAACAUGGACACUUUAUAAAAAAGGCAUUGUGAUUGAAAAGCCCGGAACACAUAUUGUGCGAGCACGUGUAUUUAAUGCCGCUGUGAAUCCAAAUGAAUUUAGUCCUCGUGCUCGUUUUGUCUAUCGACUGCGGCCACCAUUAAUGUAUGAUGUGAGUACGGAGUGCUGUAAUGAUUCCCAACAACCGGUGCUUGGACAAGUCUUUACAGUGUGGGUCACAAAUGCCAUUUCGCCAAUAUCACUUUUUCUUAGUUUAUCCUCAAAGGGAUGUGAGACAAAACGACAUAUUCUGGAUGAUACGGAAAUACGUACAUCAGGAUUACGUGAAGUGGCUUUUCAAUUUAUAACAUACACAGAAGCACAACCAAGAGUGUUUGUCUGUGUAAAGGAAGAGAAUUCGAAGGAAUAUGUAGUCGUUCCAAGACAGUUAUUAUCAGAUGAAGUAGUGAAUAAUAAUAAUAAUAAUAAUAAUAAUAAUAAUAAUAAUAAUAAUAAUAAUAAUAAUAAUACUAGUACAGUAGAUGGUUAUUCCUUCUCUGUGAUAGCCGGUGUUAAUGGUAGUAAUGUCAGUCAGCCCAGACGCCGUAUAGAACGAAGGAAUGAAAUAGAGACGGAUAUGCCGUCUGCUGAUGAAUGGCGUAGUAAUACGGAAUCAGGAGUUUUAUGGAUUGGUUUCUUUGUUGGUAGUUUAUCUCUUUUUCUCUUCUGUCUAUACAUGCGGGGAACGAGUCCCGUAACGCACAGAUGGGGUGAACGUCGUCCUUCACGUACGGCUUUGCAUAGUAAUGCUUUGGAAGAACUCGAUAGUGGAGGAGAUAACGACAUGGAAGAACUCGUACCACGAUAG